AAACCGUGUUCCUGCGAGCUUGCUGACUAUAUUGUUGCUGCAUAAGAGCCAGCUCACAACCGCAGCUAACACUUAAUUGUUUUACCAUUAGGACCUGUCGAAUUUGGAGUCCUACCACGAUUUGUGAUUAUUUAUUUUUGUGGACAAGUGUAUGAGGGUACUGUGGUAUCUGUCGUCUUAUACUUUGGAAUCCUUCACAUCAACAAAUUACGAUUGAGCUGAGAUGAACCAGUAACCACCAGAUCCUUGAAUGCACCACGAUUCUUUCACUUUCCUAAAUCUGAUCAUAACUGAAAGAGUGUUUGUCAUCUUGCACCAACCUGUCAGGAUAGGAUCUGAGGGGAUCAAGGGCCACGCUUACUUUCCCAAUCGUGCAGGACCAGACAAGAACACUGAUUCUCCUUUGAAGAGUUGAGGGCUGGGAGGCUGGGGGUCUCCUAUGCCUAGUCAUGCCCAUCUGGGGAGGGGGCUCUGGGGGCAUGGCAUCUGGAGUGGCUGCUAUAGGAAGCAUCAGAGGACUUCACCAUGCUGCUAGUACCCAGAAAUGUGUUUGUGUCAAGCUCUGGGACGGAGAAUUACAACUCAAUGUGGAGGGAAAGGCCAAAGUGCAAGAUUUGUAUGACCAAGUGUGCUUUAUGCUGUCAAUAAAGGAAGCUCACCUAUUUGGAUUGACAAUUUUACGAGAAAAUGGAGAAUAUGAAUUUUUAGAUCUGAAGACCAAGAUUUCAAAGUAUGCGCCAAAGGGAUGGAAGUCUGACUCUAAUGAUGGACGUGACAAGGCUGGAAAACCUCUUCUUUCUUUUUACCUCAAAGUGCAAUUAUAUGUGGAACAUGUAUCCUUAUUGAAGGAUGAUGUGACACGUUACCAUUACUAUCUACAGCUGAAACAAAAUGUACUGCAGGCUCCAGUUCUUUGUCGUGAGGAGGCGUGUUUUGUACUAGCAUCCUAUGCUCUCCAAGCAGACAUGGGAAACUUUGAUGAAACGGAACACGCUGGAAGAUACUUUGAACCAGCAAACUACUUCCCAGAAUGGGUGAUAAAAAGGAGAGGAGAGAAUUAUAUCAUCAAACAUGUCCCCUCAAUGCAUAGAGAUCAGAAGGGUACAGCACCAGCCCUUGCACAGAAAGCAUUUGUUAGAGAAGCAUCUACUACUCCAGAACAUAAUAUGCACUUCUACAGACUCAAGAAGACCAAGACAGAACAAACUCCAUCAAUAUGGCUUGGUGUGUGCACCAAAGGCAUCCAUUUAUAUGAGGAUUCUACAGAUGGAAAGUACCUUUUAUGUGAAUACCCUUGGGUUGACAUCAAGAGAUUGAUAUUCCAGAAAAAGAAGUUUGAGCUUCUUGUGGAGGGAGUAUCAGAUGGAAGGAAAAUCACAUAUUACACAUGCACUGAAGCAAAGUCCAAACAUCUAUUGAGGCUAUGCAAGCUGACCCAUUCAUUCCAGAUGCAAACACAGUCAUUGGUAGAUCGAGCGCGCAUCAGAGAAAGUGCUUCAGAGAAGAAAAGAUACCGUGAAUCGUACAUCAGUGGUGACAUCUCCUGGUCAGAUGUAGAUAGCUCUAUGACAACUACAUCUCAUAGUGAGAUGUCUACCACCAAGGUUGACCAAAGGAUGUCUGUUAUCAGUAAUGUGAGCUCUGUAGCAACCUCUGGUAUCGUAUCAGAUGAGAGGUCACCGGUUGAGAAGACAAUGAGUGAAGAUGAUGACAUGUCACCAUAUAAAAUAAUUGAGAUUCCUUCAUCAACGAUGACCCAUAUCCCACAACUCGAAUCCCACCAAACACUACAACCUUCUACUUCAAGAGAGGACAUGCUGCUAUACUCUGAUGGUGUAUCAAAGCGUCAUUCUGCAGCUAUGUCUGAUGCAUCUAGUCACAAGGAACACAAUGCAACUCAUUCAUCUUCCUCUAGUGAACCGGGUAAACCAGUGGUGGUAUAUCAAGACGCUACUGGUAUGCUUAGUGAAUCAGAAUGGGCAUCAGAUGAUGAGGCAGAGGAUGAUGAUGAAGAUGAGAGGAGAUAUCACAAGAAGCACAGUCGAUCCAGCAACCAUCAUCAACUCAUAGACACAAGGAAAAUCAGAGCAGAAAUUGCUGACAAGGAUGUAACUGCUCCUUUACUGAGUGCUCUUUGCAAUGAUCGCUCACUCUUGAUGAUGCAACAAGAACAAAGCAAUACAACUCAUGAAGACAAUUCAUUGGGAAGCAACGACUUGAGUCGAACGUCUAGUAGUCGCGGCUCUGGCUCCGUCCAUGAGAAGAGCUAUCAUGAAGAUUUGAACACAUCCUUGACUACUCUUGUAAGUCAUAGCUCAAUAGACUCAGACAUGCAUAGCUCUGUUGUGGAGAGACUCAAUGCAAAGUCCUGCUCCAUGAUCAACACAAUGAGCUCCUUGGGAUACUCGCAAGGAAACCUCUCCAAACAUCAAACGUUAUCAACCUUGAACAAUCUAGCAGAUAUGGACAUCACGCUCAUGGACAGUACACCUUUUGAUGUCAGGUUAAGCUUUGACUCGGCCAGUGAAGGCAGGGUCAAAUGUCAAACGCUGCCAUCCAAGAUGAAUGCCAGUGAGCAAAUGCUGCUUCUUGGUGCAAGUGUCAACUCAGUUCAACGUGAUGAAUCUGUCUCAUACUCUGCCCCUAAUCUUUCACCUGGUGCUAAAGUUCCCAUUGCCAGUCAUUAAGGAAGGUCAUUGAACUUUCAGUAAGGACAAGCCUACAUGACAUUUACCGAGAACCUUCUUUAAUUGAUAGGUCAGAGACCUUUUAUUAAUAGGUUUGUAAGAAGUUUCUACAAACUUGCUGCAUUUACAAUAGGAUAUCCUAAAUUGAGGCUGUCUUUAUAUAAACAAUGCAAACACAUUUUGGGUAUUAUGAUAUUUGCGCAUAUUGUCACUCAGCUACUCGUUUGAUUUAUGUUUAAUUUGUUUUAUUUUUGUCAUUUUAAGUAAUAUCAAUCACUUAAAACUCAUUUAUGUUGAUUAAUAGAUUAAAAUAAUUAAGAUUUAACCAACUCAAAGUAGUCUUAGAAGAGUCCUGUAGAUAAUUACUUUUAAAGAAAACAUUGAACUAACAGGCAAUAUUUGUUACUCUUCCUAGUACACAAAUUUGAGUUUCUUUUUGUAGAAUUCUAAUGACAAUUGUUCUUGUGUCUUGAAACACUUGUUUGACUAUGUGGUAUGAUAUCUUGUAUUGUCAUUUGUGACUUUGUGUUGUAUGUUUAUGUCAUUCAGUUUAUGUGUUUUUACUAAAUCUUAGAUUCCAAUUUAUUUUCCAAUUUGAUCUUUUUCACUGACUGUAUUGUUAAACAAUUCUUAAAAUUUUGUAUUCUGUAUUUUUUUUGCAUAUACAUCUGUAAAUGAAUUUGAGGCAACAUAUCUCAUCAAUGUGGGCAUUUAUACUUCUUGUACAUCCAUUUCAAACAGUUUAUUACUUUAUCUGGCCAAGCUAUUCCUACAUUCUAUUCUGAAAAGCAUUCUAGGCAAAAAUUUGAAUUAAACCACUGAACAUUGUCAAAUUCACACAAUAUAUGUGUGAUGUAAUCAGAAGACAAUUUAGUUGACAAUAUUAAGUAAGAUUGCUAAAGAGACUUCUUAUAAAGGAAGAACUUAAUAUAAACUACUUCUGAAUAACAGGGGCCACAGAACCGAGGAGGGGG